GUUAACUUUAGGCGCUUUCAGGGCAGUAAUUUGUCACUGAAUAACUACACGGAGAAAUGUUAAUAAUCAACAAACUGGGAACAUAAGUAGUUAAAACUGUGGUAAUCCAAAUUAAAGUAAUCUUCUCCAUUGGACCUGAAAGAGUCAUCGUUGAACUCCGCCUAUUUCAGUACCGUUGCUCUACCGCCCUGUUUCUUAUAGCUGCGCGCACAGCAUCAUUCAGUCAACCAAACAAACAUGUAACUUAACUUCUUGACUCCGCGAACAUACGCCAAUAUUAUAUAUCCAUCAUCAACUCGCCAACGCCAAUGGAUACUUUAUUAAUACGCUUUAUUUACUUUGCAAUGGACUUUAACGCGUACGCACCGCCGCAGCGGACGUGUUCAGUUAACAGAGGAUAGAUCGACUUCACAACGGCUUUGUUAUGAGGGACCGACUGGCUGCUUUGAAUGCGGGCAGUCAAUGUGUCAGCAAUGACGGGCUUGUCACUGUCUCCAUGGAGAGAGAUGGCUUCAUGCAGGACUUUUUCAGAAAGGUGGAGGAGGUCAAAGGUGUCAUUGAAAAGAUCUCCUCCCUUGUCAAUGACGUUAAGAAGAAACAUAGUUUGAUUCUCUCUGCCCCCAACCCUGAUAUCAAAACUAAGGAAGAGUUGGAACAGCUCACAGUGGAUAUUAAGAAAAAUGCCUAUAUUGUCCGAAACAGCCUGAAAUCCAUACAGCAGGGUCUUCCUCCGGAGGAGCAGAUGGUCCAUGCUUCAGUAGAUGUUCGCAUCCAGAAAACUCAGUACACUAACUUGUCUCGAAUGUUUGUGGACGUGAUGACACGAUACAACGAAACCCAAGUGUCCUUUAGAGAGAAGAGCAAAAGCAGGAUUCAGAGACAGCUGGAGAUCACUGGAAGAGUCACAACUAAUGAAGAACUGGAAGACAUGCUGGAGACUGGAAACGCAUCUGUUUUCACCUCUGAUAUCAUCUCCGACUCUCAGAUAACCCGUCAGGCUCUCAAUGAGAUCGAGUCCAGACACACAGAUAUCUUACGCCUGGAGUCCAGCAUUAAAGAGCUGCAUGACAUGUUUGUGGACAUGGCCAUGCUGGUGGAGACCCAGGGUGAGAUGAUUGACAACAUUGAAAAGAAUGUAAACAAUGCUGUAGAAUAUGUCUGCCAUGCUAAAGUGGAGACCAAGAAAGCAGUGAGAUACCAAACACGGGCCCGCAGGAAAUACAUAAUUCUUGCUGUGAUUGUUCUGGUCGUGCUUUCUGUUGUAGCACUUAUAAUUGGUUUAUCUGUGGGCUUAUCUACCAAAGCCGCUACUAACUCUGCCUCCUCCGGCUCUGGUUCCAACUAACCAUGAAAAUGAUCUACAUUGCCAUUUGUGGAGCUGCUUGCAUUCUUCUACUCCUUAUUAUCACAGUUGGAGUUUACAGCGAGUAGGCAGCUAUAGCAAAGCCCUGGUGGAGUGUUUUUUUCUUUAACAUCACUGUGAUUUUAGGGAACAAAAACUUCGACUAAAACUUUGUGGUUUGGUUUUUACUGAGAUUUCAGAAUAAUUGUAUUGCUGAAUUCUAAAACAUCAAAGCUUUUUAUUUUUGUAAACACUGAAUUCUGCUCCGUGAUCUUCCUUUGCGAUUUAAAAUCUUUGUCACUUCAAGAUAACAACCAAAGGUAAUUUUUCUGCUCUUUUAUUUAUUUAAUGUUGUUUUUCAAAUUUUGCACAGUUCAGUCAUGUUUAUUAUAUAUUGUAAUAUGUUACUUCAUGUACAGUUUGUUUGUUGGGAGGUCUGACAGAUAAACGUGGAGUUAAAUACAGUCAACAAAGUGCAGUUAAGAUUUUAAGAUGAUCAAUACUUGGACAAGAUUUGUUGUUUUGACACUGGUUUGGCCAUGAUGGAUCCACAUAAUAUGAUGUCAGAUCUAUGAUCAAUGCUAAAAAUGUGACCCUUAGUUAUUCCUUUUAGUGUGUUACAAAUGACUGUUUCUUACAGGAAUGUAACCAAGUAAUUAUGCUCAAAUAUUCACAUGUGUAUUGUAAAAUAAAUAUUUUUUUCAAUGU